CAGGCUGCGAGCGGCGGGCGGCGGGCGGCGGGCGGCGGGCGGCGAGGACGCAGGCUGCGGUCGCCAUCGGGGCGCUGGGUCCUAACGUGGGGGAUCCUUUCAAACCACAGCGUGAGACUUGGAGGCCGCAGGCGCGCUGGGGCCCCGGAGCUGGAGCCCAGAGCGAGGGUAGGCUCGGGGUAGGCGCGUCCUCAUCUAUCGGCCACCUCUCUCCAAUCCCGGCUAGGCCCUCAUUUUUCUCUGUGAUCUUGAGAAAGUUGCAGAGCCCUUUGGGCCUCCUGUGGAGAGAGUGAUAUGUUAUCCCCUUGCAAUUUCUUCUCCAUCACCAAGGCUGAGGCUGAGAGAGGAGAUCCCUAUGGAACAGGGCCAGGCUGCCAUUAUUUCCUCUCCAAAGACCGCGACCCACUGAAAAAGGCUGCUCCAGGAUCUGAGAGGACCCGGGCUCCUUUCCCCCUCUGUCCCUGCUGCGCGACCUUGGACAGCUGCUUUGACCCUCCCGGCCUCCUCAAAGCUGUGCUUAGGUGCUGUGGAAGGUCACGGAGCUCACCUGUUAUUGAGCACCUGCUGUUCGCCAUGCUCCUCGGAUGGGCCCAGUGACCCUGGAAGGAAGCCCCCUUCCCGACCCCAUUUAGAGGAUGGAACUGAAGCACAGAAAGGCCCAGUCAGUGGCCGCUGGGAUGGGACCCUCUACCACCACCCGAUGCUGCAAAUAAUGGGUUCUGGGGGGAGGACAGACUGCCAGUGUGGCUUUUCCGUAACCACAGGGGGUAACCAAAGCCACCACCAUGGCCGUGGGGAACAUCAACGAGCUGCCCGAGAACAUCCUGCUGGAGCUCUUCAUGCACGUGCCCGCCCGCCAGCUGCUGCUGCACUGUCGCCCGGUCUGCAGCCUCUGGCGGGACCUCAUCGACCUCGUGACUCUCUGGAAGCGCAAGUGCCUCCUCGAGGGCUUCAUCACCGAGGACUGGGACCAGCCUGUGGCCGACUGGAAGGUCUUCUACUUCCUGUGCAGCCUCCGAAGGAACCUCCUGCACAACCUGUGUGCUGAAGAGGGGUUUGAGUUCUGGAGCUUGGACGUGAACGGCGGUGAUGAGUGGAAGGUGGAGGACCUGUCCUGGGAGCAGAGGAAGGAAUUCCCCAGUGACCAGGUCAAGAAAUACUUCGUGACUUCUUAUUACACCUGCCUCAAGUCCCAGGUGGUGGACCUCAAGGCUGAAGGGUACUGGGAGGAGCUCAUGGACACCAUGCAGCCAGACAUUGAGGUCAAGGACUGGUUUGCAGCCAGGCCGGACUGUGGCUCAAAGUACCAACUGUGCGUCCAGCUGCUGUCAUCCGCGCACACACCUCUGGGGACCUUCCAGCCAGACCCUGCGAUGAUCCAGCGGAAGAGUGACGCCAAGUGGAGAGAGGUCUCCCAUACGUUCUCCAACUACCCUCCUGGCGUCCGCUACAUCUGGUUCCAGCACGGCGGCGUGGACACUCACUACUGGGUCGGCUGGUACGGCCCAAGGGUCACUAACAGCAGCAUCACCAUUGGGCCCACACAGCCCUGAUGCCUCCCUGAAUCCCCAGCCACAGAACCCUAAUGGGUAAACUGCUCUCGGAGCGGGGCUGGGCCUGGGAAGGGAAGGAGGUGUGCAAGCCAGGUGUCCCCAGACCUGGACCCCAGCUGCUCCUUCCUCAGUGGCCAGCAGCAGGACAGCUCUUCACUGACACAGACCUGAAAGAUUACAGGAGCCCUCUAGAGAUGGAGCAUCCAAGGUUAGGGGAGUGCAAGGGGUCCCCCAGGCUCUGAGAGGGGGGCUCCAAGCUCAGACACCAGCCUAGAUCUGUGCCUCUACCUACACACAUGCACAGAGCCCAUUCUCAGGGUAUUCCUUGGGGGCCCUUGGAGCAGGGCCAAGUAAGGCAUCAGUGUGACUGCCUUUGACAGUGCAGAUGUUGGGGGGUGGGGUGGGCCUGCAACCAGACAGAUGUGGGAGAGAGGAGAGCUCUCAGAUGGUCCCCACCCCAUUCUGCCACUCAUAAGUGUCCCCCACUCCUCCUGCCUUCCCAGAAGAGGUGGCUGUGGCUGGGUUUGUGAAGAACGAGGCAGACCAGAAGUGGGUGGCGUCCAGAGGGGGUGGACUGUCCCAAAGCCAGACGGGCACCAGGUGGGGGCUGGGCUCUCCGGAGGCCCCAGGGAGUCCUCCACAGGCAUCCCAGGGAAUCUGGGCUCAGGACCUGGCUGAGACUCUGAGGGUUGGGAUUUGGGAGCCCAGGGUGAAUAGGGUGGAGCAUUUUCUGGGGCCACCUGCCCACCUCCAUCCCCUGGCCAGGCCCCCUGCCCCAGAAGUGCCAUUCCCAGGGUUUCCCACCAUGCUUCUGCCUCCCUCCUGCAGGAAGGACUGAAACCUACUGCAUGCACUCAAAUAAAGGUGUUCCCAGCCCUGCUGUCCCUGUGCCACAGGCAGGGGGCAGGCCUGUGGCUACAAAGUGUGGCUUCUGUCCAGAGAGGGCCUGACAUUUAAGGGGCUGGAUCCCAGAGCCUGGUCACAGCAAGAUCCCUCAGCCACAUGCAGACACCUCACUCCACGGAACCCAUCAGUACACCUCCCGCUGGCUGUGCAGUGCCACCCAAGCUGUGCUUCUGAUGUCACUCUCUACCAAGAGCUUUACUGACCUUGGAUGCAGCCGAAGCAUUUGGAAUGGUCCCUCGCAUACAGUAGGUGCUCAAUAAAUGCUCAAAUGUC